AUGGGCUCGUUGGAUGCCGCUGGUGUACAACUGGAGGAAGAGAACACAGCGCUACCGGUUGUGAUGCCAGCGCUGGAACUCCGCCGCUCAAUAGCGCUGCUCCGCAGCCGUGGUCUUGCAGGAAGCCUGCGCUACGUCCGUCUGCCAGCCGGGCUGCGAACUCCUGCUGAAUGGUUGGCCCACGAGGGCGCAGCUAUCCAAGUUCACAACAAUGGUAGUUGCACCUUUGACUCCAUGCCCUGUGCAGCUGAUGAGAUCGCUCUGCAGCCGCCACCGCCGAG